CAGUGCUGGUGGAGAGAAGGUGGGGGGGAGAUAGGGUGGGGGGGCCUGAGGGCCGCCUCCUCCUCAAUGUGAGGGGAGCGCCCGGACACAGCGCGCAUCCGGACCGAGCCGAGACCGGGCGAGGCCCCCGGACUCUUCGCCCGGAUCUCACGCCCCUCCCCUCCCAGACCCCAGACCCUUGGGUUGCCAUCCACCUCCUGUUCCCUCUUUCCUCCCCCGCCACCUCCUGUAUCUUCAUCCCCAGCAUCCUCCCCGCGCCCCUGCGAAUCCCUGGCACGGCCAGCCCCACUAGCUUCCCACCCUCCUCAAGACCCUCACUCUGACCGCAUCCGCGGCCCCUGUCCCUUGAGUCCCAGUUCCCCGCCCCUGCCUCCCCCGCACUGGUUCUUCUUUUCCCCUAGCCUCUGAUUCCCUUUUCUGCCCCCUUUUCCUCUCUCUCUCCCCCAUUUGCCCCCACUACUGUCCUCCCCGCCCUCCCCCACCCACCUCAGCGCCCCCAGCCAGGCCGGGGUGGACGGUCCGGCGCGCCUCCCUGGAGCAGCACCAAGGUCCCGGGGCUCCAAGAGGGUGGGGGCGCAGGGCGGGGAGAAUGGGGAGGGGGCGCCCCAUGUGAUGGGAGGGGGGCGCAAGCGGAGGCGGCGGAGGCGGCGGCGACAGCGGAACCGGGCCGGGGGCUCAGCGGGGUCCGGGGGCUGGGGGCAGCGAGCAGGGCGGCCCCAUGGCCGGGCCCCCCUGAGGCAGUCCGGGGGAGUCCCCUCCCCUCCCCAGCUCGGGGGUCUCCGGGCCCCAUGAGCCGGGGCGCGGGCGCGCUUCAGCGCCGGACAACGACCUACCUCAUCUCGCUGACCCUGGUCAAGCUCGAGUCGGUGCCUCCGCCGCCGCCUUCUCCGUCUGCGGCCGCAAUCGGCGCUGCCGGUGCCAGAGGCUCCGAGACUGGGGAUCCUGGUAGCCCCAGAGGCGCUGACGAGCCGGGCAAGAAGCGGCACGAACGUCUCUUCCACCGGCAGGAUGCGCUGUGGAUCAGCACGAGCAGCGCGGGCACCGGGGGCGCGGAGCCCCCAACCCUGUCCCCGGCUCCGGCCAGUCCGGCCCGCCCAGUCUCUCCCGCUCCAGGCCGCCGCCUCUCCCUCUGGGCCGCCCCUCCCGGACCCCCGCUCUCUGGGGGGCUGAGCCCCGACCCCAAGCCUGGGGGCGCCCCCACCUCCUCCCGGCGCCCCCUACUCAGCAGCCCGAGCUGGGGCGGCCCGGAGCCCGAAGGCCGGGCGGGCGGCGGCGUCCCUGGCUCAUCCUCUCCGCACCCUGGCACCGGCAGCCGGAGGCUCAAGGUGGCGCCUCCUCCGCCGGCUCCCAAGCCUUGCAAGACCGUGACCACGAGUGGAGCCAAAGCCGGCGGGGGCAAGGGCGCGGGUAGCCGCCUGUCAUGGCCCGAAAGCGAGGGCAAGCCCAGGGUCAAGGGGUCAAAGAGCAGCGCCGGGACUGGAGCUUCUGUCUCAGCCGCCGCCACCGCCAUCGCCGCCGGGGGAGGGGACGCUACAGCUGCGACCUCUGGUGGGGUCGGGGCUGGGGCCGGAGCCCGAGGGAAGCUGUCCCCUCGGAAAGGCAAGAGUAAGACCUUGGACAACAGUGACUUGCAUCCGGGACCGCCUGCCUGCUCUCCUCCGCUAGCCCUCCCACCAACUCCGACAACAGCCGCUGCUGUCACUGCCGCUUCCGCGCAGCCCUCCGGGCCUGCACCGCCAAUCACUCUGGAGCCUCCAGCUCCCGGGCUGAAACGGGGCCGGGAGGGGGGCCGAGCAUCCACUCGGGACCGCAAGAUGCUCAAGUUUAUCAGCGGCAUCUUCACCAAGAGCACAGGAGGGCCUCCUGGCUCCGGGCCCCUUCCGGGACCCCCCAGCCUGUCUUCUGGCAGCGGGUCCAGGGAGCUGCUGGGAGCCGAGCUCCGCGCCUCCCCUAAGGCCGUGGUCAAUAGCCAGGAAUGGACUUUGAGCCGCUCCAUUCCUGAACUGCGUCUGGGUGUGCUGGGCGACGCCAGGAGUGGGAAGUCAUCGCUCAUCCACCGAUUCCUGACCGGUUCAUACCAGGUGCUGGAGAAGACAGAGAGUGAGCAGUACAAGAAAGAGAUGUUGGUGGAUGGGCAGACACAUCUGGUGCUAAUCCGAGAGGAAGCUGGGGCACCUGAUGCCAAGUUCUCAGGCUGGGCAGAUGCUGUGAUCUUCGUCUUCAGCCUGGAGGAUGAGAACAGUUUCCAGGCUGUGAGCCGUCUCCAUGGGCAGCUGAGUUCCCUUCGCGGGGAGGGACGAGGAGGCCUGGCCUUGGCACUGGUGGGGACACAAGACAGGAUCAGUGCCUCCUCCCCUCGGGUGGUGGGAGAUGCUCGUGCCAGAGCUCUGUGUGCGGACAUGAAACGCUGCAGCUACUAUGAGACUUGUGCCACCUAUGGGCUCAAUGUGGAUCGGGUCUUCCAGGAGGUGGCCCAGAAGGUGGUGACCUUGCGCAAACAGCAACAGCUUCUGGCUGCCUGCAAGUCCCUGCCCAGCUCCCCGAGCCACUCAGCUGCAUCCACUCCAGUAGCUGGCCAGGCUAGUAAUGGGGGCCACACGAGCGACUACUCUUCUUCCCUCCCGUCCUCACCAAAUGUUGGUCACCGGGAGCUCCGAGCCGAGGCAGCUGCAGUGGCUGGAUUGAGUACCCCAGGGUCCCUGCACCGGGCAGCCAAACGCAGGACCAGCCUUUUUGCGAAUCGCCGGGGUAGUGACUCGGAGAAACGGAGCUUGGAUAGUCGGGGCGAGACAACAGGGAGUGGACGAGCCAUCCCCAUCAAGCAGAGCUUCCUACUAAAACGAAGUGGCAAUUCCUUGAACAAAGAAUGGAAGAAGAAAUAUGUGACCCUGUCUAGUAAUGGCUUCCUACUCUACCACCCCAGCAUUAACGAUUACAUCCAUAGUACCCACGGCAAGGAGAUGGACUUGCUGCGAACAACAGUCAAAGUCCCAGGCAAGCGGCCCCCAAGGGCCAUCUCUGCCUUCGGCCCCUCAGCCAGCAUCAAUGGGCUGGUCAAGGACAUGAGCACUGUCCAGAUGGGUGAAGGCCCUGAAGCCACUACUCCCACACCAAGCCCCAGCCCCAGCCCCAGUUCCCUGCAGCCACCACCAGACCAGACAUCCAAGCACCUGCUGAAGCCAGACCGGAAUUUGGCCCGAGCCCUCAGCACGGAUUGUACCCCAUCAGGAGACCUGAGCCCCCUGAGUCGGGAACCCCCUCCUUCUCCCAUGGUGAAAAAGCAAAGGAGGAAAAAAUUGACAACACCAUCCAAGACCGAAGGCUCGGCUGGGCAGGCUGAAGCCAAGCGCAAAAUGUGGAAACUAAAAUCGUUUGGUAGUUUAAGAAAUAUUUAUAAAGCAGAGGAAAACUUUGAGUUCCUGAUCGUGUCCAGCACGGGUCAGACGUGGCACUUCGAGGCAGCCAGUUUUGAGGAGCGGGAUGCCUGGGUACAGGCCAUCGAGAGUCAGAUCCUAGCCAGUCUGCAAUGCUGUGAAAGCAGCAAGGUCAAGCUGCGAACCGACAGCCAAAGCGAAGCCGUGGCCAUCCAGGCGAUCCGGAACGCCAAGGGGAAUUCAAUCUGCGUGGACUGCGGGGCCCCCAACCCCACGUGGGCCAGCUUGAACCUGGGCGCGCUCAUCUGCAUCGAGUGUUCUGGCAUCCACCGCAACCUGGGCACACACCUGUCCCGCGUCCGCUCGCUGGACUUGGACGACUGGCCGCGGGAGCUGACCCUGGUGCUGACGGCCAUUGGCAACGACAUGGCCAACCGCGUGUGGGAGAGCGACACGCGGGGCCGUGCCAAGCCCACGCGGGACUCUUCGCGGGAGGAGCGCGAGUCGUGGAUUCGCGCCAAGUACGAGCAGCUGCUGUUCCUGGCGCCGCUGAGCACCACGGAGGAGCCGCUCGGCCGCCAGCUGUGGGCCGCCGUGCAGGCCCAGGACGUGGCUACUGUUCUCCUGCUUCUGGCCCAUGCGCGACACGGGCCGCUCGACACCAGCGUAGAGGACCCGCAGCUGCGCUCCCCACUCCACCUGGCGGCCGAGCUCGCCCACGUCGUCAUCACGCAACUGCUGCUGUGGUACGGCGCGGACGUGGCGGCUCGUGACGCCCAGGGCCGCACGGCGCUGUUCUACGCCCGCCAGGCUGGAAGCCAGCUGUGCGCCGACAUCCUUCUCCAGCACGGCUGCCCGGGUGAAGGAGGCAGCGCGGCCACCACGCCCAGCGCGGCCACCACGCCCAGCAUCACCGCCACGCCCAGCCCCCGCCGCCGGAGCAGCGCCGCCAGCAUGGGCCGCGCCGACGCCCCGGUUGCGCUGGUAUAGUUGCCCAGCGGGAGAGACACCCCCACCCCCACGCGGGCCGGGCACGACCACACCGGGCGGACCGCUGGACAGAGGCACCCACUCACCUCUCCGAUCCGCACGCACCCCGUCCCACGGGAGCACUUCCUACCCCCACGAGGGCACAGCCCCCACGCCUCCCAGAAGACACAAACUCACCUCCCUCUCCCCAACGAGGCAUGGAGACCCCCGCUCAACACGCCCCCUCUCCACUGUUUCCACACGGAUUGCUCUGGGUCUACCCGCUCGGGGUUCGCGGAAGGGGACGCCCCCCGCGGUACGGGCUCCUGGGCUCUUGGACCUUCCCGCUUGUGCCCCCUUGGGGCGGGAAAAAGACCCGGUCAUGCCGGAGCUCAACAAUCCCAGGGCGGGAGCUCACACCCAGGCUGGCUCCUGGGGCGACGCCACGCCAGAGGGAGGGGUUAGUACUUGGGAUGGCUAGCCCUAGGACUUGGGGCCAAUACGGAGACCUCACCCCUACCGUGCUGAUCUCACUGCCCAGUGAGGGGGGCUAGAGCAGCGAGGGGCAGGACCCCUGCUGCCCAUGGGGGUGGGGGGUUCCCAACCCUUUCCGUGAAAGGGACCGUGAGUAGUGGAAACCAGGACGUUCCCCUACAUCUACCCAUGGAUGGAAGCUAGAGAGUCCUGGGGGAGCCAAGAGCCUGGGUUCCUCCCACUACUAUCUUGGGAGGGAGAAGGGAUGGAGCAGGAGCGGGCCAACGGGGCUGGCGGGGCCUUGUAAUUUAUUGCUUUGUUCCCCAACAUGGGGGUGGGGGCGGGCAGGGGCGUGGGGAGGGCGUUUUGGGGUUAGGGAAGCCCAGGGUGGGCAGGGGGUGGGGUGGGGUGGGGUGGGGGUGCUCUCGGGUUGUGAGUGUCUGUGACCGUGACUGCGUACCUGUGACUGUGCAGCGCCCGUGGUGAUCUGGGGUAGGGGCACCCCUACAGUGGGACCCCUCCCCCAUUAUUCUUUCUGUCCAGCCCCUCCCUCCCACUGGAGCAGCUCCAGAGCUAUUCCUCACCCCUGUGACCUGUCGUAGCCAGGGCUAAGAGGAUUCGAGGUGGCUGGAAGGGUUUCCAGGCCCCCUGCCCCAUCCCCACAAAGUGGGUGGUAGGACAGACUUACCUGGCCCAGCCCUGCCUCCCUCAGCCAACCCAGCCCUUGGGCUGUCUGUGUCAGUGGUUUCCGGUCUUUUUUUUUUUUUUCUGGCUAAAAUAUUUUGCAAAGGACCAGGUAAUUGGGGAGGGGAGACAGGUGGGGGUGAGGGGGGAAUGCCCCCCAUCUCCUUGGAGGCAGUGGUGUGAAUCUUCUUCAACAGCAAUUAAAGAGGAAGUGAUUUUGUCUA